CAGUCGACUUGUCGCCGUCCUCCUUUCCUCGAAUCCCACGUCCGUCCCACAUGCCCGCCCGCCCGCCCGCCGCUCCGAUUAUUCUACUCCAUCGAUCCUUCCCACCGAGAAGCAGCACAAGCUUCAGCGACCAUACCUCGCCAGAGUCCCCACCCACCGCCGCCAGCGACGGUCUCCUCCGCCACCCCCCGCUCCCCGCCCGGCGGCGGAUCUGCGCGCCGCGCGUGGCGGCCAUGGGGGAGCAGCAGCCGCUGCCCGAGGUAGAACAAUGUGUCACGUCCAUACCAGAAGAUCAUGAGGCCACAUGUUGGGGCUGUGGUCUCCGGCUUGUUUUUACAAGUUAUGCACCUGUAUACAAGUGUGGCUGGUGUGGAGCAGUCACACAAUGCGACCAAACUUCAAGAAAACCUGACAGUGUAUGCUUUUCUCGCUGGAGGCGUUUCCGGGAUGGGUUCUUUGUGACUGUGCUCAUGCUCUUCAUGCUCUUUGUUAUAUGCGGCGGGGUCUGGGCGGUAUAUCCAGUUGUUUUCUCAAUCAGCAUGUUCUGUGGCAUCUUUCACUGCACAGUAGCAGCUGUCUUAUCUGUAUUUACAAUUGCAAGUUACUGUUUGGCCUCUCUGAAGUCUGCCGGUGCGCCAGCAAACAUACGGUGGGGAAGCUAUCCAAUGGUCGAAAAGAAUGAUCUUGAGAACUAUACAUUUUGUACAUACUGUAGUAAACCUAAGCCUCCAAGAGCACAUCACUGCCGAUCCUGUAAAAUGUGUGUGGUGGACAUGGAUCAUCAUUGCCCAUUUAUUGGAAACUGUGUGGGAGCUUCAAAUCACCGAGCUUUUGUCAUUUUUCUUAUAUCUGUGGUCACGAGUUGCAGUUAUGCUGCUAUUAUGACCAUUUAUGCAAGUUAUCAUAUAUGGCCCCCUCUAGAUUUUCCAAAUCUAUCAUCAUAUGGUCACUCAAAGGGUUCUAUGAAAUUACUGAUGGAGAUUAUUACUACCUUGGCAAGUUCCGCAUUCUUCUUGUCAGCGAGGGGUAUAAUUCUGUUAUAUCUUGCAUUUGCCAGUCUGUCAGUUAAUGCUGGUAUAGCUGUGUUACUGUGUCAGCAACUUAGUUAUAUAUAUGAAGGAAAUACAUAUAUUACUCGUCUAAGUUCAUCAAAUGUCACACAAGGGGAGAGAGGAUUGCAAAAUCUUGUUCGAUUCUUCGGCUGUCCAUAUCCUUUUUCGAGAGUGUUGUUGGGCUACUUGAACAAGUCGCAGGACAACUCAGGCUCAAAACUUCUGUAGAGGUUUCAAUGCUCCGAUGUAUAAUCCUACAACCGAGGAAAUAUUUAUGGUUCUGCAAUGCUGCUGCCAAUAGAACAAUAGACACACCUCUACAUCUGACUACCGAUAUCCAAUUAGUUUAUAUAACUGAAGCCAGUGAUGAAAAUAACAUCAAUGUGCCUGAUAAUUCAUAGAAAUCUGGAGGAGGGCCUUGUUAGGAAAAUAACAUCAAUAUCCAAUUACUAAAAUAAUUUUCCUAUUUAGCAUGAAUGUCCAAGUCGUCACAUUGAUUUAAGGAAUUUCAUCAGAUGCUAAAAUACAAUGUGGUCCUACUCCUACCUAUUGUUUCCCGCAGAUGAUAAAGAGGUUUUGGUGUUCAGGCAAUAAAUUGCAAUAUCUGAAUUUCUGGGCGUCACCAGUCUUUGUUCCGAGGCAGGGAUCACAUCUUUCAUGCCUCUGUGCUCCAAUAGAAGUCAUGGUGAAGAUUAAUUCCGGCAGUCUGAAUGAUGCUAUGGGGUCUAGAAAUGCUUGGACCACAUCUCUUAGUUGGCAGUAUACUGACAUGUAUAGAAAGCGAAAUUCAACAUGUUUUUGUACCAUCUAGACUGAACGGAUAGUCGGUAAUCCUAUAGAUGUCUGAUACAUCGUUUAGCUGCCCGCAAAUCUGUCAAAUGUAAAUAUGGCGUUUUUGCCCGGUGUAACAAUGUAACAUGCAAAAUGCUACUACCUCUGUCCA